AUGCCGGUCGAAGGUUUCAAGGCAUUACCGACCUUUGGAAUUCAAGGGGUCGGUUUUGAGGGUUUAAAUGGGCCUGCCGUCCUUCAGAGCUCCUCACUCCCAAGCACACUGACAUUUAUCAUUGGAUUUACGGGAUGUGUCGGUGCACUCAGGGAAAAUACGUGCCUCCUAGCUACGUAUGCGAUAUUUCUGGCGUUAUUAUUAUUAAUGGAGAUGACAGCCGGUGUUUUGAGCUUUGUUUUUAAAGACUGGAUAAAGUCACAAGCCACUGGUGGUUUCCAAGCGUUCAUCAUUCACUAUAGAGAAGAUCCUGAUCAGCAGAAUCUGAUCGAUUGGAUUCAAGAGGAUUGGUUACAGUGUUGCGGCAUCGAGGGUCCUAAAGACUGGGAUCGCAACAAUUAUUUCAAUUGUUCAUCGAGCGACAUUGGCUCGAGGGAAGCAUGCGGCGUGCCUUUUAGCUGUUGUAAACGAAAGCCAAAUGAAAUUAUCAAAAAUAAACAGUGCGGCUAUGAUGUUAGAAAGCCUAGUUACACUGGGGAGAGGAGUAUAUACGAGAGAGGCUGUCUAAGAGCAGGCGAAGAAUGGCUAGAAUUGAAUCUCGUACCUGUCGCUGGUACUGUUGUCAGCACUAUGGUUUUACAGAACUUUGAGGUUGCCAAAGUGAUUUAUGAAAAAGGUUGUAUUCAAGCUGGGGAGGAAUGGGUGGAACGAAAUCUUCUUGCAAUUGUCACUGGGGCGGUUGCUACAGCAUUUGCACAGAUUCUGGGAAUCUGUUUCGCUCAAAAUCUUCGAGCAGACAUAUUUGCGCAAAAAGCGAAGUGGCAUUGACAAUUCAGAGCCCCCACGGCAGUCUAGCAUCUUAUAGUUAUAGAUGCUAACCAAUUACGUUGAUCGAACUGAAGAAAUCGUCGAAGAUCGUCGAAAAAUGGCAGACCUUCGACGCAAAAAUCGACACAGUUCCCCGUGACAAGUACAGAAUGGAAGAUCAUACACGUCCGAACCAAGUCG